AUGAAUACCCGAGUGAUGACUGACUAUGAGUUUAGACAAUGGAUUGCAUUGAAGGCUAUCAUUGGAAACACAGCGACAAUGUGUCCGACAAUCGGAGGUAUAAUAAUUAAAUGUAUUGUCUGUACAACUAUUGAACCAUUGGUGACCACUAGUUCGGGUACUGUUAGAGGACAGACAUUGCAUUUGCUAAAUAAAAAGAUCGAUCAAUAUCUGAAUAUACCGUUUGCCGAACCACCGGUCGGUAGGUUAAGGUUUGCUAAACCCGUACCAUUGAUAACAUCUAAAAAUGAUAUCAUUGACGGCACAAAACCGGGUAAUAGUUGUAUACAAACACAAGCAGAAAGUAUUUCCAAUUUGUUCAGUGGUUUACAGGAAAGCGAGGACUGUCUGGUACUAAACGUAUGGUCACCACAAACAACUGGUGCCAUCAAUGUUGGCGGUGGUGAUAGUGAUGUUGAUCAGCCAUUAUUAAAGCCAGUAAUGUUUUGGAUUUAUGGCGGUGCUCUCAGUAAGGGUAGCAUAUUUCAAGACAUAUACAAUGCAUCAGCUUUGGCCGCUACUGGUGAUGUAGUGAUAGUUGCGGCCAACUAUCGUGUGGGUGCUCUCGGAUUUCUAUACGGUGCCGAUGAUAGUGCACCGGGAAAUGUAGGUUUUUAUGACCAACUCGUAGCACUUCAAUGGGUCAGAGACAAUAUUCAUGCAUUUGGUGGCGAUAGGGAUCAGAUUACCAUAUUUGGUGUGUCAGCCGGCAGUUGGUCUGUAUCGGCACACUUACUGUCGCCGCUAUCCAUAGGACUGUAUCGCAGAGCUAUCAUGCAAAGCGGUGCCGUUAUGUUUAACAAGGAUCGACCGAUUUUGGAUACUGUCGAUGCUCUAAGCAAAGCCAAACAACUGGCCAACCGUGUCGGUUGCGAUCCCUAUGACUAUUACUGGUUAGACUGUUUGCGUGCAAUCAAUGAUCCGAAACUAUUGAAGGACAUCAAUCCAUACGGUGGCACUUAUGUUGUAACCUAUCCAGUGAUUGGUACAGAAUUUCUACCAGUGCUCACACAAAAAGCAUUUGAACUAAACAAUUAUAAUAAGGAUAUUGAUCUGCUUAUUGGUGCCACCAGUAAUGAGGGCAACGGUUUACUAUUGUUAGUCUAUCCUGAAACUACCGGUGCAAACAUUACUAUUGAAUUGUUUUAUAAAAUACUAGACUAUAUCGACCAAGACAUUCAUAAUGUAGAUAAGCUUAAAAUUGCCGAUUAUUAUCUGGACAAUGUUGACACUACUAACAGUAGCCAAUUAUUGCGUGCAAUGGGCGAUCUGUUUGGCCAUCUAUUACUUUUGUGUCCAACAUAUAAGUUUGCCAAACAAUUUGCCGGACGUACCGCUAGCGGAACAACUAGGGGUGUCGGUGGCGAACAUCAAGUCUACUAUUAUGAGUGGGCGUAUAAAUCCCGCAACAAUAUUAUGCGUGCAUUGGAACAACAACUAGGAUUGCCAGCUGAUCUGAUUCAUCAUGGUGCUGAUAUUGAUUUUAUAUUUGGCAAACCAUUUAUCACCGAUGAUAACGACUACAGUAAACUGGACUAUGAUUUUAGUUUAGAAACAAUGAAAAUGUGGACUAAUUUUGCUAAAUAUGGUAAACCUAACAAUGAAUGGCCUGAAUUUUUGGACAACAAUAAUAAAAUCAAUAAUAAUAAUCAAUUAAAAACAAUUAAAGUUAAAUAUUUGUCUCCAAAUAUCAAACAAAUCAAUAGUAUUUUAGACGAUCCUUAUGUCCGUACGUGCGAUGGUAUAUGGAGUGACUAUUUUUAAUAA